CGGAGUCCCAAGCGGUCGCGUGUUCCCGAGCGGUGUGAGCGCGUGUUGGUGCCGAGGUGCAAUGCGCGGCGCGUGGGCGGUUGCGGCGGCGGCCGUGCUGGCGCUGGCGGCCUGCGAGCGACGCACCGACACCGACUUCGAAUUCGAGGACGCCCCGGAUGUGCAAACGGUGCGUUCGCGACGCCCGCGCCGAUACAUCUACGACCCGCAAAGUCCUCUGUGUCACGAGCUGGUGUGCAAGAAACGCGAGGUGUGCUUGCUGCGAGACGCGUUCACCGCGCAAUGCGCCUCCAAGAAGGACGUCCUGCGAAGAGGAGACACGAUAGUGGCGGCGCGACGAGAGCGAAUCGACGGCGAAGACGACGUGUUCUACGAGGAGGAAGCCGCGCCCGAGUCCGAGGCGGAGACCCCGCGACCCGCCCGGCGUCCCGACCGGCCGCCGGCACGGUGCGUAGGGUGCGGCUCGGAAGCGGAGGCGGAGGCGGGGGAGGGCGCGCAGUUCGUGUGCGGCUCAGAUAACCGCACGUACUCGUCGCUGUGCCGGCUCGACCUGCACAACUGCGUGCGGCGCGCGGCCGUGCGGCUCGCCUGCCGCGGCUUCUGUCCGUGCCGCGAGCCCCCCGCGCCCGUCGCGCCCGCCGCGCCCGCCGCGCGCUACCGCCAGCACGAGAUGGGGGGCGGGGGCGGGGCGGAGGGGGCCCGGCGCGGCGCUAGAGGACCGGCGUGGGUCGUGUCAGGGUCUGCGGGCUGCGAGCUGGACCGGAUGGCGGACCGGCUGCUGGACUGGUUCUCCGUGCUGAUGGAGCAGGCGGGCGGCGCGGCGGGCGGGGCGGCGGCGCGCGGGUUCCCGCGGGACUGCAAGCCGGAGGUGCGCUGGAUGUUCGCGCACCUGGACGCGGCGGGCGACGGGCUGCUGUCGCGCGAGGACCUGUACGCGCUGCGUCACGACGAGCGCGAGCGCUGCCUGCGGCCCUUCCUGGCGGCGUGCGGCCGCUCCGGCGGCGGGCGGGGCGGCGGGCGGGGCGGCGGGCGGGGCAGUCUGACGCGCGCGGCGUGGUGCGGGUGUCUGCGGCGCGCCGCUCGGCCCUGCGCCGCGCUCGCUCGAGCGCACCCGAACCCCGGCCCGGGCGCGUACGUGCCGGCGUGCGACGCGCGCGGCUUCUACCGGGCGCGACAGUGUCACGCCGCGCUCGGCGUCUGCUGGUGCGUGGACGCGCACGGAGUGGAGCUGCCCGCAUCGCGCACCAAGGGCCGCACCGCCUGCCCCGAGGAGCGCGCGGUGGCGGGGGAAGAGGGGGAGGCUGGGCCUGCAGAUGACGAGGACGAGGCGGGUAGCGGAGACAACGAGCUGCGCUUCUAGACCCCCCCCCCCACCUUCCUAUCACCUCGACACAAUGUUUAACAUAUUGUAUAUUAUGUUCAAAGUGUUGCAAUAUUUCCCGGACUUCUAGUCUUCUACAAAACGAGUCGUCGAUUACGCAUUAGAUAUAAUAAAUCGAAUACGCCUAAAGAAGGGCCUCAUUAAUUAUUCUGUUAUUACGUCACGUCUAGCCGUCCUUAAAAAAUGCCGCACAUAUUGUGUAAAAUUAAAUAAAAUACCUAGCGAAUUUAUCGCGACGUAAAACAAAGUGUGCCUCGACCGUGUUACCUGCAAAGAAAUAAGGGGACGUUCGUUAAUGUAUGGAGAAUUUUGGCGCCACCCUCCUUAAGUUGGUUCUGGAGGCACGCUGACGACUCAUUUCCACAUCAUUGGAUAUGUCUGUACACGUAGACGCUGCCGGGGCGGUCGUCGGAUCCACGACAUCACCGAAGCUGAAGCCAAAGUGAGAGGCGCGGUUGAGAGGACCGCCGACCGCUGAUCAUUCUACAACACUCUUCUCGUUUAUUCACUGAAUGGUUUAGAAACCAAUAAAGCAAGCGUAGAAUUGUAACAAGUUGCUAAAUGUAUUUUUUUUUGAUGUUUUCAUUUAUUUUUGGAAAAGUGUACAAUGAGCUUUGCUCUUUGUAAUGUGAGAUGGGGCAGGUACCGGGUGGUGAGGGGCAAUGUAUAUCGAAACGCUCCUUCAUUAUGAGCCCCAUUACGAGGCUUGUCCAAGCAUCAUUUGGGGACGACCGCACAUCUUCA